AUGUCGUCACCACCACCAUAUCAGACCCCAACCAACCCCCUCAAACGGCCCUCUAUCUCCUCGUCCGCCUCACAACCACUAGGCAAGAAGGCUCGCAUGCACCCUCUCCGACAAACCUCAUUCCCGACGGGCCUUGAUGCCGUAGGGGGCAGCUUCGGUGCGACCAGCGAUGCCGGAAGUGUGACGGGCAGUUUCACAGGAAGCAUUGGCGGCGCAAGCGCGGACGGUGUCUUUGCUAGUGCACUCCGCGGAAAAAAGCGAGGAAGGAAGAGCAAGGCCGAGAAGGAGCGCGAGCGUGAGCGAGAAGAUGCGAUGAGCUCGCGCGCCGGAGAUGCGCGGCUUGGAUCUGCUGAUGCUGAAGGCUCGGUUCGAGGGGGCAUGGGCGGAGGUGGUGGAGGAGGUGGUGAUGAUGCCGACGAUGACGAUGACGAUGAUGAAGGCGAGCUUUUGGGGCGAGAGGAGGGUACUACGGAUACAGAGGCUGAGAAGAAGAACUUGGCGAUCCUGGUUGAUGCGUUCAACCCUCAGCAAUCCGAGCGAUAUGACCUCUUCAAGCGAGCAAAGCUUCGCAAAGAAUCCCUCCGCCGCAUUGUCAAUCACGCGCUUUCACAGUCCGUCCCGGCCAGUGUGGUUACAACAGUAAAUGGGUUUACGAAGGUGUUUGCUGGUGAGAUGAUUGAGAAGGCGCGGACAGUCCAGGCGGAAUGGGCCGAUGCCUUUGAUGAUGCAGCACGAGCAGCAUUCGACGCUGAAGAAGCGGCCGCUGAGAAAGCAGCCCUGGCCAGAGCUCAAGCUGCGGCCGCGCAGUCAAAGACUGCAACCCCUACUCCCUCGGGCACUCCCGUCCCUGGAUCUGGUCCAGGAUCUCUCAGCAAUGGUAUCAAGAAAGAGCCAUCGGAUACAGAUCAGAUACGGCCAUCACCUACACCAACCAAUUACCUCAACUCAACCUCUGUUCCUCCCCACCACAUGUCUCCAUCUCCCUCAUUACAACAAGUUGGCCGGCCCUCAGUAUCAAGUCCUGCACCGCUACGUCCACGAAGAGAGUUCCGCCCGCCAUCUAACCCCCAUCGCGGCCAGCUUCUACCGUCACACCUGCGCGAAGCACUUCGUCGAUACAAGCGCGACGGCGAAGGUGGUGGCGUUGGUUUCUCCGGGUUGAGCAUGGAUAAUCUUGGAGUGAAGGGCUCUGUUACAUGGAGCUCCGGCAGCGUUGGUGGACGACGACUAUUCCGCUAA